UUGACUCCUCGACCAACUCCAAUUUUUCACACAAGCGCCGAAGAACCACCCAAACCACCCUCCUUCCCCCAACCCCCGCCAACACCAUGCCUCCCAAAUCCGCCAAAGCCCGCCUCACCCCCUCCUCCUCCUCCAAGAAAUCCUCCCCAUCAUCUCCCACCACCCCACCGCACCCCUUCAAACCGGCUCCCUCCUCCCUGGACCCGUUCACCCGCACGCUGCCGACCGGCCACAUCUACAUCGCGCACGUGGACCCGCGCCCGGCCGCGUUCAAGCGCAACAUCUUCGCGGUGCCGGUGCUGCUCAACGUGGCGGUGGCGGCGCUGUUCGCGUGGCGGGUGGCGUACGUGGCGCCGUGGUACGCGGCGCUGCUGUCGUCGACGCUGCUGGGCGCGGCCAACGAGACGACGGUGCGCGCGGCCGACCUGCCCUGGCCCGCGCUCGCCCGCGCCGUCGCCCGCCGCGCCCUGACCUUCCUGCUCGACUUCGUGCUCGCCGUCUUCGUCUGGCCCUGGCCCUACGAGUUCGCCGUCGGCACCCGCGGCCGCGGCAGCCCGCUCGCCUGGCGCUGGGCCGUCGGCUUCCGCGACCGCGAGGUCUACGUGCGCCGCAGCAGGGAGCGGUGGGAUCGCGGGCUGGUGGGGGGCGGGGAUCUGUUUGAGGAAGGAAACGCCGAGGCGAAAGAGGCGCGCGAGGCCGUGCUGGGCCGCGUGCGUGCUGCUACGGCGCCGCUGUUGAUGCAGCGGAAGACGGGGUAUUUGACGAUGGAUGGGGAGUGGGAUCUGGACUGGAAGGCCAUGGUGGAUGCUACGAGGCUGGUGGACAAGAAGGAGAUCGCGCUGGAGGCGUUUGGGACGGUGGCGCUGCUGCAUCACGAGCGGUUCGGCUGGCUCACCAUUGACUUGGGCAUGGGGGGGAAUGCGGAGCAGGACGAGCGGCGGCGGCAGGUGUUUGCCUUCCGGGACGCGCUCGCGGCGCUCGGGAAGGAGGACCUGUUCUUCCGCUGGAUCGAGAUGAUCCAGUUCGAGACGACGCAGCCCGGCGGGUUUACCGCUGAGAAGCAGGUCGAGGCCGCCAAGAAGGUCAGGGACAUGUUCAAAUCGAACGGGGUGGACUUCGAUGGGCUUUGGAAAGAAGCGGUGGGCACCGAGGGGCUUGCCGGCAUGCCUUGAUGGCAGUGUCUCUUAUCAUGCUUGUAUGUACAUGUUCACUCCCAGCUGGUCGGUCUUUCGCGAGGUGAUAGAUUCGGAUAGAGCGCCGUCGGCCUUCUCGAAGCCAGGCAUUCACGGGAGAGGGCGGGAAUAAUCAGGAACUGGUUGAAGAAAUGGGAGUA